UUCACAUACGCGUGCCCGAUCUGGAACUGCAUCUGGACCGCACAGUCUCUCGCUAAAAGUCCUACGCCUUUCCCGACCGUCUCUUGCAACCCAGACCCCACUUCCUCAGACGAACUUUGGCGAUGGCCUUGACAUACAUCCCACGGCAUCGCUCGCACAUCCGAAGGGAGAAAACGACUCUACAACAUUUCCUCUCACUCCGCUCCUGACUCUACCUUCUGCUUUCGGCGCGGCAUACGUCGGCGAGACCUUUACGUGCACGCUGUGUGUCAACAACGAGCUAUCGCCCGACAGCAACCAGAGAAAGAGCGUAAGCGGUGUCAAGAUCACGGCAGAGCUGCAAACGCCUAGUCGGCAAGAGGGAAUUUCGUUGAAUUUGGAGAAUGCUGCGGAGGCGGAUCAAGAUGAAGAGAAUCUCAAGCCUGGUGCGACACUGCAACGGACAUUGAGACACGAAUUGAAAGAUGAAGGCCCGCAUGUCCUCGCUGUGACCGUGAGCUAUACGGAGACAUUGAUCGGGAGCGAUGGCUCUGCUGCAAGUGCCGGUCGCGCACGAACAUUCAGAAAGCUGUACCAAUUUGUCUCGCAGCAGUUGCUUGCAGUUCGAUCCAAGGUGACUGAGCGCAAGAUCCGCGAAAAGAAUUCUCCGAGGCAGUGGGUCUUAGAAGCCCAACUGGAGAAUGUCGGCGAUGCGAGCGUGGUUUUGGAAAGGGUGUGGCUGAAGGAAAGAGAAGGGAUUUUGAGCACUGGCGUGAAUGGGACAAAGGAUAGAGAGGCCACGGUGCUUAAGCCCCAGGAUAU